CAUUAAGCCCAUAUCACUUCGUUUCCCAUUUUUUCAGAAAGAAAAAUCCAAUUUAACCCCCAAUUUCACACAGCUUUGCUUCAAUGGCGACAUUGACGAAACCAGAAGUAGGCAUUUCUUCAGCUUCCAUUGAGGACAUCGAUGAUGCUGUGUUGGUCGAAAUCCUCUGCAGGGGAACCCCCAAUUGCAAAAUGGCGUUUCGGUGCAAAUUGGUCUCCAAGCGGUGGCGUUACUUGAUCUCCAGUCCCAUCUUUCUCAAAUGCUGGAAGGAAUUGCACAGAACUCUUCAUCCCGGCGAGCCAUUGCCCUAUUCCAUGGUCAUCAACGUUCGGAUCCGACGCGAUGAGGACAAAUACAUGACGAACUAUGUGGCUUCCCAGCACCCAAUGUUCCAGUUUCCCAGAUUCAAGUUCGAUUAUCUUCCUUGUUCGAGACCUAGAAGGGCCGCCAGCGUCCGAAUAGCCGCAUCGUGCAAAGAUCUGUUCUUGUGCCACGCGAUUAGAGACAAGAUGGAAUUGGAGGAUAGGGUUUAUUACAUAUGCAACCCGCUGACCAGGCAAUGGAUCUCCCUUCCGCCCUUCCCAACUAAAUUCAAAUUUAUGAAAGGUGUAGCCACUGGCCUGGUGGUCUCUGGUGAUGGGAUGAGUUACAGAGUGGUUCGGAUUCAUCAUGAUUUCGAAUCUUAUAAUGCUGUUUCUUUCGUAGCCGAGGUCUUUUCCUCGGAAACAAACAAAUGGGAGGAGGUAGAGGUACGCCAUCCCAACAGUUCCCUUUUCGGUUUUGAUUUUAAAAAUAAGAGUUACGCAACGAAUAAUCUGUUGUGCUGGAAUGGCUUACUGUUGUUUGAGAAUUGGAUUGAUGAUAGCAUUGUGGCUUACAAUCCCUUUGAGCCAGCGAGAUGCCGCGUGAUUGAGCAGCCACCUAGAUAUAGACUGGGCCAAUUUUGUAGGUCUUUCUUGAGUUUUGGGGAGUGCAAUGGGAGUUUCCGAGUAGCUCAGCACUAUGACCACACUGGUGGUAGGCAUGGGGUUUUCAUGACUUGGGAAUUAGAGGACUAUGAGACAGAAGAGUGGAGGUUUGUGAAUGAGCUCGUUUUCCGGGAUUUCAUCACGGACGACGCCCCUCUGCGACUCCAGUGCGAAAUGAACAGUGAUGACGAGAGUGACUUAGAUGACUAUGGAUCCCAAUGGUGGUUCUUCCGUGCACAGCGUAUCAUACUUUUGAGCAUGGAUCCAAAUAAGGAGGAUGUGAUAUAUUUUUAUCACGGCGCGGAAAAAGUAGGGGACUCGCGGAUCUUCUCGUGCAAUUUGGAGACUAAGGAAGUUAGAGUGUUUGACAAGAAUAUCAUUGAGAGAUGCGUCGAAAUUGAUUACCCAUUGCGCAAUGUUUUUCACUUUGUAGUGCCUGAGUGGCCUACGCCAAUUCCUUGUGCACCCACACAAUGCAUUGAAUGCACCUAGAUUCUGAGUUCUAUAUUUAUAUAAAGCGGGAAUGAAUAAAUAUAAUAGGUAUUCCCUCCAUUCCAUAUUUUUUUCCAUCAUCUCCGAUGGAGCCAAAAUUUCACCAUUUUUUGGCUUUGGGGUGUGAUGGAAUAAAUCAAAAUGGAUCUCUAAACUAUCUGCGCUUCUUUAAUUAAUGAAGUAGUUAGUCAAGCAAUGCAACUUUCGACGUUGAGCCGGGGGUCUCUUUGGAAACAGCCUCUCUACUUUCGAGUAGGGGCAAGGUCUGCGUACACACACCCUCCCCAGACCCUACUCUUGUGGGA